GGGCUCAUUCCGGGACAAGAGGAAGUGAGUCCCUGUUCCCGGGGCCUGAGACUCUCUGCCCCCUGCCCAGAGGAAGGGGGAAGCCAGGGGCCCCUCUGGGAGCCCAGCCCCCCAAUCCCUCCCAGCAGAGGAAGCCAAGGGUGUUGAGCAACAGUGGAACACAGCCAACACGAGAGGAGUCGGCUCAGACACCGGGAAGACACAGCCAGAGGCCCCCUGAGAAGUGUUCCCAAGCCUCUGAAGGCUUAUGUGUGAGGGAGACCUGGGGCCCAUGCCCUGUGCCUGAUGGAGGUAAGACGAGAUGACGCGGGAGGGACUCCGAUUAGACAACAGGAAGGAGUUGGCUUUGAGAAGCCCCAGGUGUAAGGUCCAGAUUAGCCGGUGGAUUUCAGGAAGCAUCGGCGGACAGAGCAGCGAGCUGGUCUCCAGAGUAAGCAAAGGAAGGACUGGACGAGCUGGGAGGAACUCGUGAGGUGUCAUCGCAGGGCUCCAGGGGGAGACACCACCGUUUCUUGGACCAUCUGCUUUAUCUGAAGACUUCCAGCCGAUAAGCGGGGGAAGCUCAAACACCGUCUCGUCCGAGUCGGGGACUUGAAGUCCACAUUCUUUCCGGGCAGGUGUCCCCGGGGGGGCAGGAUGGCCCAGGAGCUCAGCGAGAAGGACCUGUUGAAGAUGAACGUUGAACAGCUCAAAAAGGAAGUGAAGAAUGCAAGAGUUCCGAUUUCCAAGACGGGAAAGGAAAUCAAGGAUUUUGUGGAGGCUGAAGCAGGAAAUGACCCUCUUCUCAAAGGCGUCCCCGAGGACAAGAAUCCCUUCAAGGAGAAAGGCAGUUGUGUGAUAAGCUGACGGCCCUGGGGCCCCCUUGCCCUGAACGGCCGUCCCUCCUCAGCCCCACUCUCCACCAGGACGCGAGUGUCCCCCGGACGCCCAGGGAGCCAGGCAGUCUUCACCGUCUCUGGGCCACAGCAUGAGCAAAGACACCUGGCCGUGCACUUGGGGGUCCGUUCCCCAACCUCUUCGACUCUCCCCUCCUCCACCUGCUGGGUCACUCACUGCUGGUCCCGCCUGGAGACCCUCUGAGGAGAGCCUCCUUGGCUCAGCAGCUGACACCUUGUGCGGUGGGGGUCUGAAGAGCGUGCGACACCCUGAGACCUGAGACGGAAAUCCUUAGAGACAUCUGGGCCACCACAGGGCGUUCCUGUCUUCCCCUCCACUGUCUUCCGCAAACCGGCAUUCCUAUUCAGAGUAGUUUGGGUUGAGGGCCGGAGUGGGGGGUGGGGGGGGGGUCCUUCUUCUCCGUCGUGUGUCCGAUCCCUUGGUCCUCCCCCUAGUCACUUUAGAUCGCCCCAGAGGGGCCUGAGGACACAAAGAGCUUGACAACUCAUGAUGUCAUGAUUUCUUGCA